CCCGGCGCCCCUUCCCUUCCCUUCCCUUCCCCGCGGCGGGAUGUGCUCGGAGGCGGCGCCGCAGCUGGGCGGCCUGGAGAGGUUCGUCAGCGCCGGCAAGGGCCGGGGGCUGCGGGCGCGGCGGCGCUACGCCGUGGGGGAGCUGCUGUUCAGCUGCCCGGCCUACACCGCCGUGCUGACCGUCAGCGAGCGCGGCAGCCACUGCGACGGCUGCUUCGCUAGGAAAGAAGGAUUGUCCAAGUGUGGGAGAUGUAAACAGGCCUUUUACUGCAAUGUGGAAUGUCAGAAGGAAGACUGGCCAAUGCACAAGCUGGAGUGUUCCGCCAUGUGUGCUUUUGGGCAGAACUGGAAUCCCUCAGAGACCGUGAGGCUAACAGCGAGGAUCCUUGCCAAACAGAAAACUCACCCUGAAAGAACACAGUCGGAGAAGCUGCUUGCUGUAAAAGAGUUUGAAUCACACUUUGACAAACUAGACAAUGAAAAGAGAGAGCUGAUUCAGAACGACAUUGCUGCUCUUCAUCACUUUUACUCAAAGCACUUGGAGUACCCUGACAAUGCUGCUCUUGUAGUUCUCUUUGCACAAGUUAAUUGUAAUGGCUUCACAAUUGAAGAUGAAGAACUCUCUCAUUUGGGAUCAGCCAUAUUUCCUGAUGUUGCAUUGAUGAACCAUAGCUGUUGCCCGAAUGUGAUUGUAACUUACAAGGGGACCUUGGCUGAAGUCAGAGCUGUUAAAGAGAUUGAGCCUGGACAAGAGGUUUUUACCAGCUAUAUUGAUCUGUUGUAUCCCACAGAAGACAGAAAUGACCGGUUAAGAGACUCGUAUUUCUUUAAUUGUGAUUGCAGGGAGUGCAUUAUGAAAGAAAAGGAUAAGGAGAAACUGGAAAUCCGCAAGCUGAAUGAUCCUCCAUCAGCAGAGGCUGUACGGGACAUGAUCAAAUAUGCCAGGAACGUGAUUGAGGAAUUCAGGCGAGCCAAACACUACAAAUCUCCUAGUGAAUUACUGGAGAUCUGUGAACUUAGCCUGGACAAGAUGGGUGCAGUGUUUGAAGACAGUAAUGUUUAUAUGUUACAUAUGAUGUACCAGGCCAUGGGUGUCUGUCUCUACAUGCAGGACUGGGAAGGUGCACUGCGUUACGGGCAAAAAAUUAUCAGACCAUACAGUAAACAUUAUCCCUCCUACUCGCUGAACGUUGCCUCCAUGUGGCUGAAACUGGGGAGACUGUAUAUGGCGCUGGAGAACAGAACGGCUGGAGUUAAAGCCCUGAAGAGGGCAAUUGCUAUCAUGGAAGUAGCACACGGGAAAGAUCAUCCAUACAUUUCAGAGAUCAAAAAGGAAUUAGAGGACCACUGAGCCUUUGAAUCUAUGCAAUCCUUCAAACCUUUAUUUAAAAAGCCUUGUUAUGGAAACCUUCAGGAGUGCUUUGAAAAGCGGUAGAGUAUGAACACAGUUCUGUCCUAUAAUUGGAAUGACAAACACACUUAGGCCUUGCAAAAUGUUCUUAGCUUCCACACAUUGCCUUUUUUUUUUUAAGGAAGCAUCUAUGGUUUCUUAAAGGUUAUGUCUUUUCACAGCUCAUGUACAAAAAUGGCCAUUUUUUUCUUUAUGGAUUUUAAUGUGUAUAUCUUAUUUGUCUAAAGUAAAUAAAGUGGUCUUGACCCAC